UCGGAUGAUGACAGUCAAUGGCAACACGAACAGGAGACGCGUUUUACCGGAUUAUGGCUUUGGAUUUGUCAUUACAACCGCAUUUUGUAUUUGGAGAAGGAUGUGGAUGUGGCGCACAGAAGAAGUUUUACCGGGACUUCUGACAGAGAGCGCGCGCCGUGGGCAGUUUUUCUAUUUUCCGUACGCAUAUGCCAUUUAUGACACAAAAGCCAAUCUGGAAUGGAGUUUUUUUUUUUUUGGAGUAAGAAGAGAUAAUGGCUUUAUGGAUAUAUUUAACGGAAAGGAAGUUGAAGUGUUUUUUCUGUUUUGACGCGCGUAAAAGUUUGGAGAUCGCAGCAGGUGACAUGAAAGUGGGACACGCAGGACUUGAUUGGAACGGAAGUAGUAGUGUGAAAUGAUCCACAGAAACUGGGAGGAUAUAACCUAAAGAAGAGUGUAUAAAAGAAAAGAAAAGGAAAAAAAAGAAAAAGCAACCAGUUCCAGUCCACCCACACCAUGAGCGCGCUGUGGUUCCUGUGCGUAAUGGUGCUGCUGCUGCGGUGGGAGUCCGCGCGGAGCAGCAGAAACUGUCCAGACCUGAUCGUUGACAGCUGUCACUGUUCUGCGGAAAGGUCCAAGGAGCUGAGCAGGCAGCACGUCCGAGUUAAAGUGGUGUGUGAUGAUGUGGAUCUGAUGGACACUCUGCAGCCCAGCUUCCUCCCCAACAAAACAGUGUCCCUAAACCUGAGUAACAACAAGAUCUCCCUGUUGAGGAAUGGCUCCUUCUACGGCUUGGCUGCCCUGGAAAAACUGGAUUUGAGGAAUAAUUUGAUAAGUACGGUGGAGCCCGGGGCCUUCCGUGGUCUUCUAGCUCUGAGGAGACUGGAUCUGUCCAAUAACAGGAUUGGAUGUCUCUCAUCAGAAAUGUUUCUAGAUCUGGGCAACCUCUCAAAAUUGAAUUUAUCUGGGAACAUCUUCUCCACGUUGACCAUGGGACUGUUCACACACCUGGUGGCUCUCAGAGUGUUGCAUUUCAGCACCGAGACUUUGUUCUGCGACUGUCAGCUGAAGUGGCUUCUGCUCUGGGCUCGAAGCAACUCGGUGAGAAUCGGCAACGACACGGCGUGUGUGUUCCCAACGCACCUACACGGGCUGGAGUUUCGCAACCUACGUGAACAGCAGCUCAGAUGUGAUGGACCUCUGGAAAUGCCCUUGUUCCAGCUCAUUCCCUCCCAGAGACAGCUGGUAUUUCGGGGCGACAGACUUCCCCUGCAAUGCACCGCCUCCUACCUUGACGCCUCUGUGGAGCUGCGAUGGCGUCAUAACGGUCAUGUAGUGUCCACACAGGUGGACCGUGGAGUGCAUGUGGAGGAAACCCUGCUUCAUGACUGCAGCCUGUUGACCAGUGAGGUCAUCCUCUCCAACAUCAACGUGGGCAUCGCUGGCACCUGGGAGUGCCUGGUGACCAGUUCCCGUGGCAACAGCUCUCUGCAAAUGGAGAUAGUGGUCGUGGAGACGUCAUCGCCGUACUGCCCCGCUGACAGAGUCACGAACAACAAGGGUGACUUCAGGUGGCCAAAGAUCUUAGCUGGUUUCCUGGCUUUCCUGCCCUGUGCUCCCGCCACCUUUGGCUCCGCCCCCCACCCCUCUGGCAGCGCUCCUCAGCCGUCCAACCAGAGGGAGAAGAAGGCGUGGCGUCGCUGUGACCUGACAGGACGGUGGGCUGAGGACGAUUACACACAAUGCCCCUACGCCAGCGAACUGACCCGAGUCCUGCACGAGCUCACCCAGAUACCUGUUAAUACGUCCAACGCUCAACCUCUGGGCCAGCAGUUAGUGACGUUCACCAGCAGGGCGGCGCAUUUCACUGACGUCAUGGAUGUCAUCUUUGUCACACACCUGGUGGAGAGGCUGACCCGACUGGUGGAACAGCGGAGAGACCUGGGGGACUAUAUAUCAGACAUAGCCAGUAACAUGAUGCUUGUGGAGGAACAUAUUUUGUGGAUGGCCCAAAAUGAAGCCAGAGCCUGCACUCGUAUCGUCCAGUGCGUGGAGCGUAUCGCUGACUUGGCGCUGUCUGGAGACAAUCAGGUCAUUUCGAAGGUAUCUGCUAACAUAGCUCUGAAGGCCUUCCUGAUCCAACCGUCCAACUUCCUCGGCUUGUCCUGCACGGCACAUCAGAGGCCGUCGUCGUCGUCUGCCACCUCGCCCCUCCCCGACAGCCCCUCCCACUUUGACAAGGACACGAGCAGAAAGCGUGAUGCCGUGGGGGAAUCAUUGCUCAACCUUAAAUGCCACACUGUCAACAGCAGCGGCUCACCGGCAAGUCAGCUCAGCAAGAACUCAGUGGCAGUCGCCUCAAUCCAUUUACCGCUGGCUGGUACGCCUAUCUCCUCCUCUGCGUUGCAAUCUGUUGAUAACUCCACUUGCAAGCUGCAGUUUAUUGUGUUUCGCAAUGGGAAACUCUUUCCUUGCACGGGGAAUUCGUCAAAUCUCGCCGAUGAUGGAAAGCGUAGGAGCGUUUCAACACCAGUUGCUUUCACCAAAUUAGAUGGGUGCAGCCUCGGGAGCGCCGUGCACUCCGUUACUAUCGCUCUCAGGCACUUCGCACUGGGUGUAGACCCCACCGCAGCCUAUUGGGAUUUUGACCUGCUGGAUGGACACGGCGGCUGGAGGGCAGAGGGCUGCCACAUAACAGGCUCCGGGGGCAACACGACCACUAUUCAUUGCACCCAUCAUAAUAACUUUGCUGUGCUAAUGGAUCUGAAGAAGGCGCUGUCUUUCCCCACGUACCCUGGGGAGUUUUUGCACCCGGUCGUGUAUGCCUGCACGGCGGUCAUGUUGCUCUGCCUCUUCGCCUCCAUCAUCACCUACAUCGUGCACCACAGUGCGAUCCGCAUCAGUCGGAAAGGAUGGCAUAUGCUCCUCAACUUCUGUUUCCACACGGCUCUGACCUUCGCUGUGUUUGCCGGCGGCAUCAAUCGAAUCAAAUACCCCAUCAUUUGUCAAGCAGUUGGGGUCGUGCUGCACUACUCGUCUUUGUCGACCAUGCUGUGGCUGGGGGUGACAGCCCGGAACAUUUAUAAACAGGUGACAAAGAAGCCGCCGCAGAGCCAAGAUGGUGACCCGCCCCCGCCCCUAAAGCAGCCCCUACUGAGAUUUUAUUUAGUCAGCGGUGGUGUGCCCCUCAUCAUCUGCGGGGUCACGGCAGCCGUCAAUAUAGACAACUAUGGCAGCGGGGAGCAAGCGCCGUACUGCUGGAUGGCGUGGGAGCCCAGUCUGGGGGCCUUCUUCGGUCCCGUGGCCUUUAUCGUCCUGGUCACAUGCAUCUACUUCCUCUGUACCUUCAUCCAGCUGCGACGCCAUCCCGAGAAGAAGUACGAGCUCAAGCAGCUGACGGAGGAGCAGCAGAGGUUAGCCUCCGUCGACGUGCCCACCCACUGCCACCAGGGAGCCGAGCCCGGGGCCCUGACGGCGCCCCCCAGUGGAAGCCAUUGCCCGGCCGGCUGCCCCGGCAUCCCCAUCAACCCCGCGCUGCUGGCCAACGAGCACUCCUUCAAGGCUCAGUUACGCACGGCGGCCUUCACCCUCUUCCUGUUCUUGGCUACCUGGACUUUCGGGGCUCUGGCGGUGUCGCAGGGCCACUUCCUGGACAUGAUCUUCAGCUGCCUGUACGGUGCCUUCUCCGUCACCCUCGGCCUCUUCAUCCUCAUCCACCACUGCGCCAAGCGGGAUGACGUCUGGCACUGCUGGUGUUCGUGUUGUCCCGGUCGGCGCGCCAACGCCUGCUCCGCGGCCCACGGGCCCGCUCCGGCUCGGCCGAAGGUCAACGUGAACGGCGACACCCCGGGGCAUAGCCAGUGUCACAGCCACUGCCACCAUGACUCACCCUGUCAGAGCAAAGCGCUGAUGAGCUGCAGUCACGGUCACUGUAAACACGCCGCCCUUCCGUCCUCACAAAACCACGUGACGUGUCUGGCGCCGGUGACGCCGUGCUGCGCCGCACUGCAUAGCCAGCAGCUGAUGGAGGAGGAGCCCGGGGCCACGCACGUGCUGCUUCACGCCGACCCAGAGGGUUACCGGCCGGGGAUCCAGCUGCACCCCUGCCUUAAGAGCAGCACCAGGACUAAAGGCCGUCAUUUCAGCCGCCGGGGUGGCGCCGGUGCUUGUGGAGCCGGAGGCGAGAGGGAGUACGCUUAUCACAUCUCCUCCAGUGGCGACGGAGGCAGCGUGCACAGCUCACACACUGACAGCCCCCACAGCACACAUGAGCGCCACACCCACAUCUGCCCGCAUUUGGCCCACGAAGGCCACCAUGACGGGCAUCACACAUGCCAUGCUGCUACCACGCACGAGGCCCUGGCCUGCCAUAACCCGUGCCACAGGCAUAUCUGCUGCGCUAAGGCAGACCUUUUCCCCUCGCUGUGCCCGGCAGAGGCCGGCGACACGGGCGUCUUCCUGUGCGGCUGCGGCAAAGUGGCUGAGGAGGACCCCAUAGCGACACAUCACCACCUGGAGAUGCACGCCCCGCGCAGACAAUCGUACCCCCAGAAUCCGCCCAAUCAGAACGGGAUUCUAAAAGGGGGCCUGCAUGAAGGUCUCCUGUACACUUCAGACAGCACAGGGAAUAUACGCACUGGACCCUGGAAGAAUGAAACUACUGUGUAGUCUGGGAGGGAACCGCAGGGGGGGGGUCGGUCGGUCGGUCGGCAGCGCCCCUGCACCGUCCCACCAAAAAUAAACCCUCGCCUCCCUUUCUAGAAAUUAAAAAAGUCAAUGAAAAACAUUUGAAACAUCACAAUCAGCGUGAGAUAUUUUUAUUUUAAUGUCCUCAUGUUUUUAUGUGUGCUGUUUUACUGUACAGAAUAUCAUGUACAUGCUCUGGAAGGAGCGUCCAUACACAGAACAGAACCUCUUCCAUUCAGAAGAAUUUGUGAAAUGUGUGUCCCAUCAUGUCAUCAGAUGUAAUUGAAGGUAUCUCCACUGCUCCAUAUUACUACAGAUCUAUAUAUAUAUAUAUAUAUAUACAAGAAAAUGAAUGGUUGUAUGUAUGAAUAUGUGUGUUAGUGCUCAAAGGCAACACGCUGCAAGAUUUUUUUACACUUUGGAUCCAUCAAAAAUAAUCUAUAAUGACAGUGAACCUCCAGAACUGUUGGCAUCCAUGUUUUAGACAACUAAACCAGCAAUUUUAGACUUCAUGGGUAUUUUUGCCAUUCAGUCAAGCAACUGUGAAUAACUCCUAGAGAUUUUCUAAAUAAUAUACAAAGAUACUGUCGCUUGCCAGAGAUGUGUGGAUGCCAGUUAAGUUAUGAAAAUCAAAGCAACAGAAAAAGAGAAGUGAAAUCAGGCAUCCUCUUCCAGGUUGGUAUUGAUUGUGCUGUCUGUAUGAUGUCUUCACUGUUGUGUUUCUUUGUUUUUUGUUUUCUUUUUCUGGAGAGAAGUAAAUAACAGCAGCGUCAACAGCAACAGCGUGGCCAUUGUGAAUAGAGAGUUGGUGUCAUUCAGUUCACCUCAUUGGAUCUAGUGCACUUUUUGUUAACACUGUGCCACAUAGAGCCAGGUUUUCAAAGCAGGUCCAUCUGCCAAAUGACUGUGUUUUUUUU